UCGAGGCCUCCGGGGACGAGGCAGGCGUCCACUCCGGGCUCGAGCUCCGUGGCGCGACCAUGGACCGGAGGAAAAAGCCCCUGGACGUGACGGCGUCCUCUUUGGUGGACCUGAAGGCCGAACUCUUCCGGAAACAAGAAGAAUUCAAGCAAGAAAAACUCCUAAAAGAUUCUGGAGUUUUGGGGAAACCAAAAACAACUAACAAGAAACCGAGUAUCUGGACCAAGCAGAAUGCAGGGGUUUCCAGCCGGGCUGAGAAGGAUGCCGAGGAGAAGAUCGAGGAGCAGAAGACGUUAGACAAGGCGAGGGAGAAACUGGAAGAGAAAGCCAAAUUAUAUGAGAAAAUGACUCAGGGAGACUUUAUAGACGAAGAGGUGGAGGAGAUGUACCUGGUGGACUUCAACCAGAAGAUCAUGGACAGACAUCGGGAAAACGGGGCACCUGCUGCCCACAGGCCCGCGGGGGACAGGGAGGACGAGGAGGAGGAGCGCCUUUCCGAGAAGGACAUCCCCCCGCCCCAGGACCCCAGCGAGGAGUGGGUGGAUUACGUGGACUCUCUGGGCCGGUCCCGGCGCUGCAUGAAAAAGGAUCUGCCGCACCUGCUGGAGCUGGACAAGAACCUCCAGGGGAGGCUUUUUCUCAGCCCUGCCAAUGAGAAAUCCUUACUGUCGGAAGACAUGCGGAAAGAGCUGCAGCGCCAGGAGUGGGAGGAGGAAGAACGGGAGGCCCUGAAAAGGCCCAUGGGCCCCAUCCACUACGAGGACAUCCGGGAAAACGAGGCCCGGCAGCUUGGUGUUGGCUAUUUCGCCUUUGCCCGAGACAAGGAGCUUAGGAACAAGCAGAUGAAAACGCUGGAGAUGCUGCGUGAGCAGACCACGGAUCAGAGAACAAAGCGAGAGAACAUAAAGGAAAAGCGGAAGGCCCUGUUAGAAGCACGGCUCGCUAAACUGCGGCAGAAGAAGAUGAAGAAGUCAAAGGAGGAUGGAACCGAGGAAGGAAGUACAGAUGGAGAUGUGAUUGGACCUUUGCCACCAGAGCCAGAAGCUGUGCCACCCCCACGUGCAGCCGCCCCCAGCAGCAAAGUCGAGGUCAUCGUCCAGGAGCGGAAGGACACCAGGCCCGGCGUGCCCCACGUGCGGGAGUGGGACCGAGGGAAAGAGUUUUCCUUUGGCUACUGGUCCAAGAGGCAGUCGGAACUGCGGGCCGAGCGAGAUCCUGAGUUCGCCCCACCGUCGGAUUACUUCCUGGGUCAGAGGAGAGCUGGGCCUGGGAGCAGCAGGCCAGGGCCAGCACACGGUGACCCGGGCCAGUGCCCUGGUCAGAGGCCCGCACCCAGCGCCGCACACGCGCCAGCCACCGCAGCCCCCGAGAGCCCGCCGCAAGCCCCCACAGUCACGUUCGAAACUCUGGAUGAUAUGAUAUCCUAUUAUAAACAGGUGACCUGAACCUCCAGCCAGCCCGACAGGGCGACCCUGGGGACGUGCCUCCCCCCGCUCCCCGCAGGGCCAGCACUGUCAGGCCUGCCUCCCGCUGGGAUGGACACGUGCGCGUGGCCCUUCUUGGCUCUGUUGCUCUCUGCCUUACGUGGCAACAGUCACCUCGAUUUCCACGGAAGCUGUGACCCAGUGUCUUUCACUCCAUCUGAAGCUCCGUUCUAUUCCCUGUCCAGUACUGACAGGCCAGCAGGCAUCCUUGUUCUAGGAACUCUGAGGCUCUAGUAGUCGCCAGAGCAUCUGCGGGAGCAGUUUUUGCCAGUGACGGGGGUAAACAGGAGCCAGAGUGAUCUGGUCUCCCAGGGGCCAUGGUUCUGGUGGCCUCUUGAGUGGGGUCAUUGAGAUGAUGAGCAGGGCCAGGGAGGGGAACUGCAGGAGGGCGACGCUGGAGCCACUUAUUGUCGCCCCCUCCUCUGUCACAGUUCCUGCUACCGAUGCUCAGGGACUUGGGCUCAGGCCUGGGCAGAUGUGGAGGCUGCACGAGUGUCCCGGCACUUCCUGGCUGAGCGCCACGCCCCUCACCCCACCCCUCACCUCCCCACUGCACCUGUGUCCCUGACUGCCUCCCUGGGCUCCACCCCGGUUCCCGUCAUUCUUGGGGACUGGAUGCGCGGUCCGUUCCCACAGUGGCGUCCGUGGGGGCGCUGCUCUCGUUAUCUGGACCCGGGGGGCUUCUCUGCAGUCCAGG